GGUCUCAUCCUCUGUGAAAACAAAAUAGGAAACUCCUUUAAAGUAUCAUGUCCUUAGAUCCAAAUUUCAAAGUCAAGGCAUUAAAAUCUCUACAUUGGAUUAGUUCAGCAGCAUUUAUAAACAAAUAUCUUUUGGCAGCUGUUGGUCCUUCCUCAGCAUUCAAACAAUUCAAAGAGAGCAUAAUAGCAUACAGUAUCAAGAUUCUCUGUGUAUUUUCCAUCUUUGUACAGCUUUAUUUUAACCUCUAUUUCGUUUAUUUUUACUUUUAUUUUAUAUUCUCUGUAUCUUUGUCCUGGAAUAACUCUGUAGACCAGGCUCUCCUUGAACUCUCAGAGAUCCGCCUGUCUCUGCCUCCUAGGCAUUGGGAUUAAAGGUGUAUGCUACUACACCUUGAACUCACAGAGAUCUGUUUGUCUCUGCCUUCUAGGCACUGGGAUUAAAGGCGUGUGCUACCACACCUUGAAGUCACAGAGGUCAACCUCCCUCUGCCUCCCAAGCGUUGGGAUUAAAGGCGUGUACUACCACACACAACUUCUCUUUUUCUUACUUUUUUUUUUACUUUAAGAAUUUUAACUUUUAGCUUGCAUAUAUUUUUUAACACACUAUAAAUCAUUUAAACAUUUUCUUUAUCUUUGAAUCUCUUUACUGUAUAUCUCUCUUUUUCUGACCACACGAGCCUUUAAAUUACUGAGCAAUAUGAGUAGGAUUAAAGCCGUGGCUUUUCCAGGUAGAUCCAGUCCAUUCCUUAGCUUUCCAGCCUCAUGGCUGAGGUACUGGUUGUAGCCAUGUUUACUGCCACAACUCUAUGGUGUUUCAAGGUCCCUGCCAGCCAGCGAGCUACAACAGACAACACUCAAGUCCUCUCUCUGUAGCCGGCCCUCCUGCCUCAAACAGUCAGUUUGCCCUGGCAGGACAGCCCAGAAAGCCGGCAUUUUAAAACAGCACAACUUUUUUCCUGCUACGGCUGAAAACCGAAAAGCAUGCGUUCAGCUUUUCACCAACGCCUUUAAGUGUUUCGUGGCAGGACCUCUUAAUGAGCUGCAGGGUUUUGCAGCUGAAGCUGAGUCAGGAAGCCUCUCUUAGAUGAGAGCGCUUGCUUGCUUGUAACAAGCAGAGCAGACCCAAGAAAUUUCUGCUACCAAGAAAACAUGCUUCACUCCAUACUUUCCCAAGCUUUCUCAGGCUUUUUGUGGAUUCAGUUGGCCCCACGUUGGGCGCCAUCUGUUGAAAUAAGGAGCGGCGGGGCUGCGUCCCCAACACCCCGGCCGCUUGGCUAGCUCAUGCCUGAAAUAACAACACACAAACUGUGUUCAUUUAAGAACUGCUUGGCCCAUGAACUCUAGCCCUUACAGGCUAAUUCUCGCACCUGGACUAGCCCAUUUCUAAUAAUGUGUGUAAGCACCCCAAGGUGCGCUUACCGGGAAGAUUCUAGCCUAUGUCCAUCUUCAUCGCGUGUGCCUCAGAGAGCAGAGCUAUCACGUCUACCCGGGAGAGCUGAGCAUGGCGUCUCUGCUCCAGAGCGCAGAGCUGUCGGGUCUGUCCGGGAGCAGAGCAGAGUCUGACCUCACUUCCUCUUCCGCCCAGAAUUCUAUUCUGUUUCUUCCUCCCAUCUAUCUUUUAACCUAUCAGGGCCAAGCAGUUUCUUUAUUGCUCAGCCAAUGAAAUCAACAGAUUGAUAUGACACUCCCACAUCAUAGACCCAUCCGGGCCUCAGUUUCUCUGUUUAUGAAAUGGGGAUGCCAGCAGUUCUGAGAGGGCUGCUGCCCAGAGAACAGCUUUUUCCUCAAGAAACACUGCAGAAGGGUGUGGUGUCUGUGCUGGUAAUGUACCCUGGGGGUGCUGCUGUGUGCGGUGAGCCUGUGCCUGGACCUAGCUCAGGUGCACACUCAGAAAAAGCAGCUAGCCUGUGCUCCAGCUGCUCUAGUUUGGUCAGCAAGGAGCUCCAUGGGCAGGUUCUGGUUCCGAGCAAGGACGAGACUCCCCUGUUACAAGUUGUUUGGAGAAUAAUAAUCGCACAGAAAUGUAUUGGGAUCUAGCAAACCAGGUGGCACUGUGGCAGGGAGGGAAGGAAGGAGACAUGGGACACAGGUGUUAAGCCAAAGGCAGUGACCUCCUGCGGACAGGUGAAGACCUCAGGUGGGAGGAAGUCCCAGGCUGGUGUGUCUGACAAUCUUACAGUGUACCUGGACUGCUUGGCAGGUGUGUCUGUGAUAAGAAGCAGAGAUUUAACCCAGAAAGUGUGCACAGCCGAAUGUCCACAGCAAAGUGUCCAUCCCUUCUCCCACCUGGCACUUGCUGAGCGUACCAGGCUCCAUCACAGGUCUCAAAACCAGAGACCAAAGCAGAUGUGGCCGCCAGUGAAUGUGUUUUCCAGUAGGUGUGGUCGAGAGGUCAGGUGGCAGCUUACAGAGGGAGGAAGAAAAGGUACUGGGCAUUGUUGCUGAGAAUGCGACAUCGCAGAGGGUGCAGGCAGAGGGAAGAGCAGCCACAGAGCUGCCCCUGACCCCCAGGCUGGUGCUCAGCCCUCCUAGCGAGGUCAGAGCAGAGGCAGACUGAGGAGUGAGUGCUUCACCUUUGUCUGUUUGAGAGCCCUAAGCAGCACAGGGUGGGAUCUGGCUGCUGUGUUGACAGGAUCCCUCUGGCCACCUGUGGAGCCAGACACAGUGUGGAGGACAACAGAAGUCCAGGAAGAUCGAGGUGGUGGUCAGCUCAGGAGCUAGCUGCGCGUGAGCUCUCUAGUGUGGAGACAGGAGCGCCUAUGUUCAGUACUCUUUCCACCUCCAGCCACUCCGGGAGGUCAUCUGUAUUAGCAUCCUCACAGUGGAGGACACCAGAACUUGGAAACUGAGGCCAGAUGGAAGAAAAGGCAGAUUCGGGGAUACAACCCAGAGCCCCUUCUUCCACUUGCUGAGCCUUGUACCCAUGCAUAAACAUUUGUUGGCAUCUGAUUCGGUGCCUGGCACAUAGUGUGGGCUUCAGAAACAGGUUUAGGAUAGAGGGUGGGGAAAUGGAGGGGCAAUAGACAGGCAGAAACAAAGGGAUGGAUGGGUGGACGGAUGGACAGACGGAUGGAUGGAUGGAUGAUGUGAAAUAGAUGAAUACAUGAAUAUAGGGAUGGUUAGAGAGAUAUAAAUGCAUGGAUGAACAAAUAAAUGGAUAAGAAUGGAGAGAUAGCUAAAGGGAUGGAUGGUUAUAGAGAUGAUGAAUACGGAUGGAUGAUGGAUGGACGAAGAGGGAGGAACAGACAGGUGGAAGGAUAGAUAUAUGGAGAGUGGAUGGAAUGAUGGACAGAUGAGUAGAGUGUGGGUGUGUGGAUUGGAUGGAUGGAUCCACAGAUGAGGGAGUUGGUGGGUGGGUGGUACGUGGCUGGGUAGAUGAAUGUAGUGUGGAGAGGGGAAGGAAGAAUGGAUAGAAGAGAGAGACAUGAAGUGGAUAAGCAGUAGCUUCCCAGCCUGUUCUGCAGAGGGCACUGGGAGGUGGCUGUCAGGCUGGAGAUGAUGUGGGGUAGAGAGGAGCACCAGGGGUAGCUUUCUUUGUGGGAAGAAUGAGUGCUGGCCCCAAGUGAAAGACAGGGUGAUGGUAAUAUGGGCCUAAGUUGACUGGCAUCGAUUGGGUAAUAUAUUGAAACGGGGUCAAAUCAGUGACUGUAUGAGGAAGUGGGGGUCCUACAGCAGACGCAUGGGUGCCUAGACCCAGGAUGGACCCUGAGGAUGCAGGAGGGACAUCUUGGUCCAGUGGCAUGGAGUCCAUGUGGCCCAGCCUGGUUCUGCAGCUGAGGCUGCUGUGUGUGUGUGUGUGCCACGAGGCUCUAGCUUGGCACAGUCCAAAGCCCUCUCCCCUGGCAGCACAGCCGCCAACCUUCCUCCCCCGCUUCCCCCGACCUUCCCUGACUGCCCAGAACCAACGGGUUAAUUAGAUAACGGAGCCUUUGAUUAGCGGGGGAGGGGGAGGCCACCCCCGGCUGAGCUAGCCGGGAGGGGGGAGUUGAGUGAGGGUGGAGGGAAAGAGAGAGGGAGGGAGCGCCCUCCCCGCUGGAAGGAGAGAAAGAAGGAGGGAGGGGGCGGGGAGGGAGCGAGCUGGGCUCUGCACUGCCGUGUGACUAGAAAUCGUAAUCGCAGAGAAAGGGAGAGAAGCAGAGCUGGGAGAGGGACAGGACAGACAGACUGUAGGAACCUGACCGAGCCAGGCUCCCCACAAUGACAGGGUGACGGGGCAGUGGAGGAGGAGGAUAGACAGACAAGGGGUCUGGUGGUCCUCAGGGAGGCAAGACAGAGUUGGGGAGCUGGGGAGAGGGGCCGAGGUUGGGUCUGCGAGUGGAGAGAAAGGAAGCUGGUGUGGGGGGUGGACUAGGUGGGGGGUACAGGACCGGAGGAGGCAAGGGCUUGCUAGUGUGGUGGUCAAGAGAAGAAGGCCAGGCUCCCCUAGAGGGUGGGAAGGGCGACAGACGAGGGGGGGGUGCAGGGAGACCCAAAAAGCCCCUGCGCCCCCCCCAGCACAAGCUCAACGGGAAGCAAUAGGAAGCUGGGGUGGCCUCGGGGUAACUGCAGACAUGCGGAGGGGGGGCCUGGGGCACAGAGAGAAGGCCGUCGGAAGCCAAGCCACCAGGCCCCCCAGCGUGCCCUCGAGGUAUGAACAUUGAGAAUGGCGCAAGCCCACACCCGUGGUUCCCUGUGUCCCCUGCUGCCGCCUGGUAGGAUGUCCUGGCCCCACGGGGCUCUCCUGCUCCUGUGGCUCUUUUCCCCACCCCUGGGAGCCGGUGGGGGCGGUGUGGCCUUGACCGCAGCUGCUGGAGGAGGGUCCCCACCAGCCACCUCCUGCCCGGCAGCCUGCUCCUGCAGCAACCAGGCCAGCAGGGUGAUCUGCACACGGAGGGAGCUGGCGGAGGUGCCUGCCAGCAUCCCUGUCAACACCCGCUACCUGAACCUGCAAGAGAACAGCAUCCAGGUGAUCCGCACAGACACAUUCAAGCACCUCCGGCACCUGGAGAUCCUGCAGCUGAGCAAGAACCUGGUGCGCAAGAUCGAGGUGGGCGCCUUCAAUGGGCUGCCUAGUCUCAACACACUGGAGCUCUUUGACAACCGGCUGACCACGGUGCCCACACAGGCCUUCGAGUACCUGUCCAAGCUCCGGGAGCUGUGGCUGCGCAACAACCCCAUUGAAAGCAUCCCUUCCUAUGCCUUCAACCGCGUGCCCUCACUGCGCCGCCUGGACCUGGGCGAGCUCAAGCGGCUGGAGUACAUAUCAGAGGCGGCCUUCGAGGGGCUGGUGAACCUGCGCUACCUCAAUCUGGGCAUGUGCAACCUCAAGGACAUCCCCAACCUCACAGCACUUGUGCGCCUGGAGGAGUUGGAGCUGUCGGGGAACCGGCUGGACCUAAUUCGCCCCGGCUCCUUCCAGGGCCUCACCAGCCUGCGCAAGCUGUGGCUGAUGCACGCCCAAGUGGCCACCAUCGAGCGAAAUGCCUUUGACGACCUCAAGUCGCUGGAGGAGCUGAACCUGUCCCACAACAACCUGAUGUCGCUGCCACACGACCUUUUCACGCCCCUGCACCGCCUGGAGCGCGUCCACCUCAACCACAACCCUUGGCACUGCAACUGUGAUGUGCUGUGGCUCAGCUGGUGGCUGAAGGAGACGGUACCCAGCAACACCACAUGCUGCGCACGCUGCCACGCGCCCGCUGGCCUCAAGGGCCGCUACAUCGGUGAGCUGGACCAGUCACACUUCACCUGCUACGCCCCAGUCAUCGUGGAGCCACCCACAGACCUCAAUGUCACCGAGGGUAUGGCGGCUGAACUCAAGUGCCGUACAGGCACAUCCAUGACCUCCGUCAACUGGCUGACACCUAACGGCACGCUCAUGACGCAUGGUUCCUACCGCGUGCGCAUCUCGGUCCUGCACGACGGCACGCUCAACUUCACCAAUGUCACCGUGCAGGACACGGGCCAGUACACAUGCAUGGUCACAAACUCGGCCGGAAACACCACUGCCUCAGCCACGCUUAAUGUGUCGGCUGUGGACCCAGUGGCUGCAGGGGGGGCUGGGGGCGGGGGUCCCGGGGGUGGGGCCGGUGCCGGGGGCGCGGGUGGCUAUACUUACUUCACCACGGUGACCGUGGAGACACUGGAGACACAGCCGGGUGAGGAGUCCCAGCAGCCCCGGGGUACAGAAAAGGAACCUCCGGGGCCCACGACUGACGGAGCGUGGGGCGGUGGCCGGCCUGAUGCCGCAGCCCCGGCCUCGGCGUCCACCACAGCGCCGGCCCCACGUUCCUCGCGGCCCACGGAGAAGGCGUUCACGGUGCCCAUCACGGACGUAACGGAGAACGCGCUGAAGGACCUAGACGACGUCAUGAAGACCACCAAAAUAAUCAUUGGCUGCUUCGUGGCCAUCACCUUCAUGGCCGCUGUGAUGCUGGUGGCCUUCUACAAGCUGCGCAAGCAGCACCAGCUGCACAAGCACCACGGGCCCACGCGCACUGUGGAGAUCAUCAAUGUGGAGGACGAGCUUCCCGCCGCCUCCGCCGUGUCGGUGGCCGCGGCCUCUGCGGUAGCCGGAGGCGCGGGCGUGGGCGGGGACAGCCACCUGGCCCUUCCGGCGCUGGAGCGAGACCACCUCAACCACCACCACUACGUGGCGGCCGCCUUCAAGGCACACUACGGCGGCAACCCAGGAGGCGGGUGCGGGGCCAAGGGCCCCGGCCUCAACUCCAUCCACGAACCUCUGCUCUUCAAGAGUGGCUCCAAGGAGAAUGUGCAAGAGACACAAAUCUAAACCUAGGCAGGCAGGGACGCAGGACGCUUGCCGGGUAUGCCCCUGCUUGCCGCGCAGCCCGGCGGCACCCGCCAUCCAGCAACAGGAAAGGACCUGGAGAUCAGGAGAGGUGGCCCCGCCCUCCGCCUUGCCGCGUCCUCUGUUCACCUGCCCUGCCCACCACCUUCCAGGGGAGAGGAGCUUCUUCGAGGGGUACCCUUUCCCCUCAUCCCAACCCUCCUUUUAUGGCUCUUUCUUUUUUCCUUCUUUUUUGCAGUUUGACGCCUGUCCUUCCCUCCUACUCCUCCACACUCAAAACACAAGAGACAACUUCACCAGAGCCCAGGGGUCAACUCCGACAGUGUCCCCAACAGCGAGCUCCACUCGCGGCCCUGGUCGGCCCCACCCGCCCCACAGACUCUUUUGAUACUGAAGGGAGGUUUGCGUCAAUCACUACCUGCUCUGUAAUUACU